AUGUGUAAGAAUAGAUAUCCAUAUAUAAUGGCAUCUGCAGAGCAGCAGGGACCUGAUAAUGUACUGCAAGAUAGACAUGAUUGCACAAUAGAUUGGCUGAUUUAUAUUGGUAAACAUUUGACUUAUUUGAAGAAUUGGAGUGCCUUAGUGAGACAGAUGUUCGAUGAAAUUGGAGAAGAGGGAAGGAUAAAAAUGCUGAAUAACCUUAUUCGUGCAAAUAGAUUUGAAGAGAAUGGACUUGAUGAUUUGAUGAAAGUACUGAAAGAAGCAUCGGUUGAAUAUAAGAAAAUAGCAGAUAUGUUGCUUGGAGUUAAAGACAAGAGCCUAGUAAUACGUAUAAUUUCCAUGAUGCAAAUGUGGUAUAAGUAUGAAUAUGUGACGAAUAUAUUUCUGAGCAUUGAUGAUAAUCGUUUGAGAAGCAUGAUUUCUGAUCUUAGAUAUUGA